CAUCUGCCACGCAACAUAGGCUGGUUGGGGCUGGAGAGCUGAUGAGUUCCUUUAUUGGGCCAGAAAUUGUUGAAAUAUAUUUUUCACUUUAACCAACAGCAUCAUGGGAGACACUAAGGAGGAAACCAAGAUGAUGGAAGCUGGAGAAGAGCCAGUAGAGACUAAAGAAAGUGAGAGUAAAGAGGCGAUACCAACAAACGGAGAUAUGGAAGUGACUGAUGAGGGGAAAGCACCAGACAAAAAUGAGCCAGUUGUGGAAGAAACACAGACUGAGGAAGAAGAGAAAACACAGAAUAUAGAAGAACAGGUGCAAGAUGAACAAGUUAACAAUGAUAAUGGACAACAUAAUGAAGGUGAAAAUAAGCAAGUGCAAACAACACAAGUACAAGGAGAACCAGUAACAAAAGAAACAACAGAAGAGGGAGAGAAAGAAGUAGCACAACAUGGUAAGGUUGAAGAGCAGGAACAACAAGGAGGAGAAGUGGUAGAAGAAGAGGAGGAAGAGGAAGAUGUGUUUGGAAGUCUAUCUGUCUUUGUCACAGAGGUGUUUGGGACCUUAAGCUCCCCAGCAGAGCCUUUUCGAUCUGAGGACAGGAGCCCCAGGCCUCUUGCAUUAAAUGGUAUUGAUCCAACAAAUACCAUGAGACUUUUGCAGGAUCUUAUGACUUAUGAUGAAGAGGACCCUGAUGUGACUUAUGGUCUUAGCUCAGUUGAUUCUCAUAGUCGUCUGGCAGUAGUGUCACACCUGCUCGCAGCUCUGGUUACUACUCUUGAUCCACAACACCUGAGGCGGCUAGCAACAAGAAUUAUGUCUGACUCCUGCCUUUGGGUUUCCAGACUCUUUAGGUAUUUUGAAUCAACUGCAUAUGUUCACGAGGACGUUCGAGAAGGUGUUGUAAGAGUGUGCCGAAUGUUGCUUCACACUCGUUAUCCAAAAUACAAAUGUGACGGCUAUGAAGCUCUGUAUGCUAGGCCUCCAGUCUUAUACACCAGCAGCACAGUCAGGCCUGGGUUGCCACAACACAUCGCCACAAUGCUGGGGCUGGGAUCUGGGUGUGUACGUGUUGUUCCUUGCAACACAGUGGUGGGCUCACCAGUAGCAAUGGACACAGCGGCCUUGGACCGCAUGAUGGCAGAAGAUCUAGGAGCUCAAAAGAAACCUUUCCUUGUUAUUGCUAAUGCAGGUGGUGGUGCUGUAGGGGGCGUUGAUAAUGUUGGUAGGAUCCAAGAACUGUGUAACAACCAUGAAGCCUGGCUGCAUGUGGAAGGUCAUGCUCUUGCUGCUCUUACACUUCCCAAUGCUCCUAACCUGCCUGCCAAAGUAGGAGACAGCAUGACAUUGCCAUUGUCUCUGUGGUUGGGUGUACCAUCACUGCCUUAUGUUACAUUGUAUAAGGCGUAUGAAGCUUCGGCAGUCCAUUCAGCAGGCUUAACUGCCCUUAGCCUUCAUGUGCGGCUAUCUUGUCUUCCUCUGUGGACCACAUUACAGGCUCUAGGUCAGAGUGGUGUGAUCUCUCGGUUCCAACAUGCCUUUGAGUUGAGUCAGUAUCUACAGCAGCAUCUGGCAACUCUUUCUAGGAUACGACUUCUUAGUCCUGCGGCACCCGACGGUAGCAACUACGUCAGUAUCCAGGAUUUAAUUACAAAGCCCAUUAGCACAGCGCAAUUGUUGGAGACUGUAAGUGGUUCUGUGGUGUUCCAGUAUGUAGAAGAGAGCAACAGUGGGGGUAAAAACUCAGAGUACUACGACAACCUAAACUCUUGGUUGGGUCAAGUUGUAAGGAGAGAUGUGGGCACCAUACCAUUGGAACUGGUACAACUGGAGACAGCUGGCCUGGUGCUACGCUGGAGUCCAAUGGAAGGGCCAGAUACACAUCACAUAACCUUGGCUGAUGUUGAUCAUCUUAUUCAUUCUCUUCAUCACCAGUUGGAUAUCUUAAAUGCAACGGUUCAACAGCGCAUAACAUUCACACAACUGGUAUCAUCAGCAAACAACCUUCAGUUAGUUGAAAUACCUGGUUGGGCAGGACUUGGAGGAGUCCGUUAUGUUGCUGAUCUGUGGCCUGACCAAAAUACACCUACAGAGUCAACUAAAGAAGACAUAAAUGCCCUAAAUGUUCAUUUAGUGUCUCAACUCAAGGCUACUGACUCUGCAUUCUCCUUAGGUGAGGGCCAUGAUGGAUUGAAUUGUGUAAGAUUUGGGAUGGUGACAGCUGACACUGACAUAUCAGAACUCCUCUCCUUAGUUAUCACCACUGGAAGAGAAAUUGAAACAUCUUCCAGAUUCCUUGACCAAAUGACUGAUAUUGUUCGAAAAGGUAUUGAGGCAGCAACGGAAGAUUUGAAGCGUGAGAACGAGGAACGAAUCUGGCAAGACGGUAUUCUGCGCCAUGUACCAAUUGUAGGUUCUGUUUACAAUUGGUUUUCUCCUCCACCACCUCCAGGCAUUAAAGGACGCACACUGGACCUUACAGCAGGUGUUCUAGAGAGUACGGAAAAUAUCUACCGCUAUCAUAUGCAGAUCCGGCAUGGCACAGAUCGGACUCGUAGUGAAACUAAACUUCCUCCAGCUCCCUCAGUACAGACUCCCGUUAGUCCUUCUGCUUCAUCUCCAUCACACUCGCGCUCAUCCUCCACUACCUCAGCACCGGCCCCUGGGUCCACACACUCCCGCCAGGCAUCUGAUCAGCCACCUGCAGAUGUCAAGUGUGCUGUUCCUACAUUGACAGCUAAUGGCAUUACAGCAGCUGUGCAAAGCUAAAUACUGUAUGAAGGCUCAAAGGCUGUGUUGUAAGUGGCCAUUUUGGGGUUUUGAGAGGUGAAACUAUAUAUGCAUUAAAAGAUAAAAAAAGUCCUCUUAAGGUCCUGAAUAACUGCUACUCACAGAAUAGUAAGUGACUAUUUUUCCUCAAGUAUCAUACAAAUUUUUGUGUGAAUUGAUUUCAUAAUCUGUGGUGGCUCAUAGCAAUAAAGGGCUCUUAUAUGUUUCUUACCAGCAGCAUAUUUUCACAUUUUGCACCAUUCUUUUAUAUGUAUUUUUGGCAAACAAGAAUUAUUAUAAUUUUUUUUUGUAUAUUGGGAAGAUAUGUGAUAAUAACCAAUAUUGGUAAAAUAAAUGACUUAAACAAUUUGCGAAAGGCAUUUCCUAACCAAAGAAUUCAUUUAUUUGUUGUGCAUUUCCUUAUAAAUAUAUUAAAAUAACUGAAAGUGGCUCAAAGCUGCUCUUCUCUGCUGAUAAAAUUUUCCAGCAUAUUAAGCUGUAGUAGCUUAUCACAGUACUGUAUUUAACAUGACUUUUUUUCUCUGGUGUCUUCAAUAUCUUUUUUGUCUUAAUUAAUUCAUGAAUUACAACAUUUGAGACACUGAAUUACAUUAUAACCUUGGAAAUCCAGAACUCAUGGGGCCGAGAACCUGCCAGAUUUAUGAAUAUUUUGGUUUUCUUACCAAGGUAACCUCUGUUAUGCCACCCCCAUACUAACACCAUAAAGCAUUUUACUGUUAAAUUUUCAAAGAUAAUUAUAGUUCACUUUGCUGUUGAACAGCUACAGCAUAGAAUAUCUGUGUAAAAAUCACACACUGCAUAGACUUAACAAUUCACCUUGUCAGAACAAUGUAGAAAGAGUGAAAGCUUAUGAGAAAAAUAUAAUAUAAACAGUGCUGCAGUCAUGUAAACAAACCUAAUCAAUCUAAUUGAUUCUAUGAUAUUUUUUAGCUAAGUUAUGUAAGGUUUUGUUGUUGCAUGUCAUAUUUUUUCAGGACUACAGCACUUGGUAUUUAUUCCUAUUUCAUUCUUUUUUGCAAGUUUUCACUCUCCACAGCACAGUGUUCUGGUAAGCUUUUUUUUCUCAAAUAAUAACUAUAUUUUCUGGAUUUUUUUAAAGAAAUUCUGGUAAUAGCUGUGCACCACUAAACUGAAUAUUUACAAUUCCUAUAACACAUAGAACAGCAUCCUCCAUCCAUCCACAAGUUUACCAGGCAGUUCAAUUUCUCAUUGUGCCUACAGUGUUAGUUUUCUUGAAUUUACUUGUCUCUUUCAUAAUUUAUUAAUUUCAACAAUAAAGAGGUCUUUUAA